UCUCGUGGAAAAGCUGCUGUGUUACAAAAGAGAGAGAGAGAGCGUCAGAGAGAGAGGAGGCUGCUCACUGAGCUCCUAAUGGAUAUGGCAAAUCUUUUUAAACACUUCUUUCGGUUUGGAAAAGCAAAACAGAAGAGCUGUAGGAGAGAUCUGCCCUCUACCGCAGAUAAAAAUACUGACAAUGAUGAGCAGCUGUACGAUCUCAACAUACCAGCACUGGUCAAGUUCAACUACACCGCAAAGCGGGAGGACGAACUGUCGUUGACCAAGGGCACAAAGGUCAUCGUCUUGGAGAAGUGCAGCGACGGAUGGUGGCGAGGCAUCUAUAACGGCCUCUCAGGAUGGUUCCCCUCCAAUUACGUCACAGAGAACCUAGACGGGACAAUAAGAGGAGAUUCUGUGAGCUCACUUAAUAACAACGGCACUCAGGUUCUGCACACUGUACAAGCACUUUACCAUUUUAGCUCCGGCAACGAUGAGGAUUUGAAUUUCAACAAAAAUGAACUUAUGGAUGUGCUGGAGAAACCUGAAAAUGACCCUGAAUGGUGGAAGUGCAGAAAGGUAAAUGGCCAAGUGGGUCUAGUGCCCAAAAGCUAUGUUGCAGUUGUACAGGCAACUCAUUUUGAACUGAGGACUUCAGGACCUCCUACCUCAAACUAUGAUUACAUUAAGCCUUCGAUAAAUGGAAAGUUUGGAGGGCAGUUAUGGUACUAUGGUAAAGUGACACGACACCAGGCAGAGAUGGUCUUAAACCAGAGGGGGACGGACGGUGACUUUCUCAUCAGAGACAGCGAGUCUAUGCCAAACGACUUCUCCCUUUCUUUGAAGGCAAUGUAUAAGAACAAGCAUUUUAAGGUGCAGCUAAAGGAUGGACUCUACUGCAUUGGCCAGCGGAAUUUCAGCUCCAUGGAGAAUUUGGUGGAACAUUACAAAAAGGCCCCCAUAUAUACCAGUGAACAGGGAGAUAAACUCUUCCUGAUAAAACCAUUACCCUGAGCAUGUGAAGGAGCAAUAGACUUUUCAAAAUUCUCAUUUUACAUAAGCAAUGUAUGUUGACUCUGGAAAAUGUCAGUGUACUUACAAUUAAAUACUGUACAAAUUUUGUAAGAAUGUGUUUGCCUUAACAUUGGUCCAGUACUGGCUAUUUAGAAAAUUUAAACCCAAACAUAUAAGGAUAUAUAUGAUAAGCUAUCUUUGUACUUCUACAGCUGCCUUUUUUGUUAAGAAAUAAUUUUUCAGUUGCUCUUUGUGUGUAUUGUUUAUAUGAAAUCUUCUAUUGUGACUGUACAAUUAUUCAACAAUUAUUAAGAAGUAAAUGUGUUGACACAUUCAACAAGUGGAGGAUUGAUUAUCCUGAAUUAAAGAUUUGCAGAUUAUCUCAAGCAGUGAUCAUUGAAAAAACAUAAUUAAAAAUAUAUAUUUAAAUGUGGUAGUUGUAUUUGUAUAAUUGAUUUCAUGACUGCUCUUGCUAUAUUGUUUUCAUGUCAGUGCCAAAACAUGCUGAAAGGAUGAGUUCUUACUUACUCAUUUUGUAAUCCUAACAGAGCGUAACCUUACAUUGUUUUUGUCCAAAUGCAACAGCAAAAAUGUAAUUUCUAACCAUUUGUAAACUGUGAAUGUUGUUUAUUACCACCGUGAACUUUUAGGUUUUAAUUAUUUCUUGAUUCGUUUUUAAAUAAAUAAAGUAU